CUCUGUCAACGUUUCCAUCUCGCCCUGUUCGGUAGCCUACCUAGGCUAAUAAACUAUGCACGUUAAAACCCGUGGAAACCAAACCUCCCGUUCCAUCCUCAUCACACCGUCCAGUGAACUGCUAUCAUGGAGCCGAAAAAUAACGGGUCAACGAUGUAUUUUUGAUAAGGACGUCUCUACUACCGUCUUUUCGUUUCGGGUGGUGAAUUCCGUGUUCGUGUCGGAUUAGCCGCGAUGAGACAGUGGAACUGUCAUUUUGUUGUCUUGGAUUAGCACUGUUAGAAAAUAUGAGAUUACAUCGGCAUUUCGGCAGUGAAACAAAAAUAGCCUGACAAAUGUUGUUUGAUUAUGUAACCAGCAGGUUUGAUGUAAUGUAUUUUAUUAGCUUGAUUACAUUUUGUAUCAUUGACGAACUGAAAGUGCUGCAGCCCCUGCCGCAGACAGUGACAUUGUUACAACGACAAUGACACUGUUUUUUUUACUGCGCUCAUCACAAAUGAGACGUCUCUUCCUUAUUAUAUCCCCUAUUGACUAUGUUUGAUUCCAGUCUAUAUUCUUUAGAUGACAUUGAAUAGAAGUCAUCGCGUUGAUAUAGAAAUGAGUGCGCCCUUUCAAAUAACUGCAAUGCGAUGGUAUACUCGUUUCUGUAAUGCCGUUCUUCAUCGAGGAUGCAACAACGAGGAGUUUUUACCAACAGCAAUAUGGCACAAUGCACUAGUUUAUGUAUUAGGCCAAUAUUGACCUGUUUAUUUUGAAGAUAACUUUUUUAAUACAUUUAGGUAUUUUAUUCGGACCCCAAUUAGUUGUUGCGAAAGCAGCAUAUUGAAGAAAACUACAUGAACAUCACGCAGCUAAAUCAUUUCAAUCUAUUGAUUUAUUGAUGGAUUAUUGAUAUCCAACCUAUUGGUACAAGACACUUUAUUUUAUUGCCUGAGCAAUCAGAACAGACACAAUCCCCACCCCACAGUAAAACUGAACGCAGAUAUUAUCUGUGAUGUUGGAUGUCAAAAUGAAGGAGGUGUGUCGGAUCUGUGCCCGCGAGCUCUGUGGUAACCAACGGCGAUGGAUCUUCCAUCCGGCCUCGAAACUCAACCUGCAGGUGCUGCUGUCCCACGCCCUGGGCAGAGAGCUGACCCGCGAUGGCCGUGGGGAGUUUGCCUGCUCCAAGUGUACCUUCAUGCUGGACCGCAUGUACCGUUUCGACACGGUGAUCGCCCGUGUGGAGGCUCUGUCCCUGGAGCGCCUGCACAAGCUGCUGCAGGAGAAGGACCGGCUUCGACAGUGUAUAGGAGGCCUGUACCGGAAGAACAACACUCAGGACCAGACCCGGGAUCAGACUGGGAUGGGGGGUACUGGGGAAGGAGAGACAGAGGGUGGUGGGCGGUCUGAGGGUGACUCCCCAAUAGUGGACCUUUCAGCCCUGCAGGAGGCCAGGUACAGCGCCCUGCUCCAGGACGACCUGGCCUACUCUGUGUACGAGUCCUGGGCUGACCACGAGGACCAGCAGAGCCCAGCCCCAGACCCCCAGCACCACACCCUGCAUCAUCACCCUCAGUGCACAGGAUCGGAGGCUCUCUCUGGGCAUCGCUCCAGGCGUUGCAGGGGAUGCGCCGCUCUCCGUGUGGCCGACUCUGACUACGAGGCUGUGUGUAAGGUCCCUAGGUGGGUGGGCAGGAGGAGCACGUCUUGUGGACCCUCUACUCGGUACUCAGGCAGCACCUUGGGGGGCGAGGAGACCUCCACAGGGUCAGAGUCCACACCUGUCCCCUCCGAGUCCCCUCCCAUGGAACCAGAGAGCGACAGGACGCUGUGCGAUGGGGACCCAGAGAGGAUGACCCUCAGCCCGGGCACGUCGGUUGAAUCUCUGGACACAGCUGUGGACGUGGCUCGGCCCUGUGCCACCCACCGAGAGGAGCGAGAGAGAGGAGAGAAGGACCCAGGGAGGGUUCAGAGGAGGGGCCCCCACCUCCAGUGGGAUGAGGCCCCCAGGGACAAGUCAGUCUCUGGGUUGACCCUGGAACUGGCGCUAAGUCUAGUGAGGAACUGGGAGUACAGACCUCUAAAGUCCCCUCAAGGCAGCAAGCUCCCUAUCCUAGUUAAACCCAAACUGGAGAUGGGUCUCCCCCAGUCUCGCAGUACCCCAGACUAUGAGCUCUACUCCCACCCUGCCAUCCCAGAUCUGGUGACCCCCAGCAGUCAGCAGGAGCUGCAGACAGAGCUGUCAGCGAUGGAGGAGCAGUGGCUGGAUGACUACGUGCAGUGUGGUCCCUUCCGCUUCCAGCAGAGGCUGCUAGAUGAGCAGCAAGGCAAGCUGUCGCAGUAUGAGAGUGCUGCAGGCCACUGUGUUAGUGAGCUCCAGAAGGCCCAGCUCCAGGUCCACUCUCUACAGGCCAAGAUCAGAGAGAGCGAGGCUGGGAACCAGAAGCUGCAGGUGCGACUGGGGGACAUGGAGUGUGAGCUGCGCUUGGUCAGAGAGGAGGCACAGAGACAGGAACGAAACGUCCUCAACCUCACUGACACUGUCAACAGCAAGGACACUGAGGCAGCAGAGUUGUACCGUGUCAUAGAAGAACAGAACGACAUGCUGUGUUCUCUCAAAGACCUGGCCAACAGAAACCAGGUCCAGACACUACAGGCGUCUGGGGCUGAGUCAGUGCGAGGGCAGGGGAAGGUGUUGGCCCUCCAGGGCUCUCUGUUCCAGGCCCAGCUGGAGCUGCAGGCAGGCCAGAGGGCCCAGCGUCAGGCUACCAGGAAGGAGGAGGACCUGACCAGAGCCCUGAUCCGCCUGGAGCAAGACCUGCAGGGGGCCGUGGAGCACAGACACAGCACUGACAGACACAACCAGGACUUGCAUCUGGCGCUGGAGAAAGUUCGCUCAGAGCUGCAGCAGAGAAAGGAACAGCUGAAUGAAAAGGAAGGAGAGAGACUGAGAGCGGAGGAGGACAUGGAGAAGACCAUCAGAGAGCUGAGGACCUCGCUUCAGAGCAAAGAGCAGCUUGUGCAGGAGUACUCAGAGUUGUUGGACCAGCAACAGGGGCCCAGGGAGAAGAGUGAUUCUCUCCUCUCCAAACUGAAAGAGCGCAUCAAGGAGAGGGACAGAGCACUGGAGCGAGCGGUGGAUGAGAAGUUCCGCUGUGUGGAGGAGAAGGAGGGAGAGAUGCGGCGGCUACAGCUGCUGCUCAGAGAGAAGGAGAGAGACCUGGAGAGACAACGCUGUGUAUUGUCCAACAACGAAGAGACCAUCAUGAGUCUGGAGGUGCUGGUGCGUGGGAAGGGUCUGGAACAGGAGCAGGUGUGUGAGGCGUGGAGGAGUGUACAGCACCAUCAUGCAAACAGUGAGGAGAGACACAGCCGCAGCUUGAGAGAGAGAGAUGCACUCAUCAGCCAGCUACAGAACGCCCUGCACACACGCACCAAGGAGGCUGAGGACCUGACUGGAGCCUUGCUAGGUAAGGUGAAGGCAGGUCCCAGUGAGGUGGUGGAGGAGAUGAAGGCUCGCCUCUCUCUGAAGGAGAAACUGUUCCAGGAACUGCUGUCCGACCGUGGCCGCCAGGCGCAGGAGCACCACACACUGGUUCAGGACCUGCUCGACACCAUCAGCACCAGGGACCAAUACAUCCAGGACUCAGCAGGUCGUCUGGGUGAGGUGAUGAGUGAGCAGACUGAACGUCUCCAGGAGCUCCGCAGACAGCUAACUUCUGGCUCCCAGGCCUACGGGUCCCAGCUAGGCCUCCAGGGUCCAGACCUCCAGGGUCCAGACCUCCAGGGGACCAGCCAGAACUUCCAGGCCCUGCAGGAUGAGCUACAUCUGGCCCUGAGGAGGGAGAGGGAGGCCCAGGCUGAGAUCACAGCCCUCAGGACCAUGACAGGCCAGACAGACAGGCAGGCAGAGUUUGGAGAAUUCAGCUCAGAGGAAGAGGAUGAUGUCAACAGUGACUAUGCAGACAGCAUGGAGGAAGAGGAGUCCAAACUGACAGCCCAAACCCUAGCCACAAUGCAGAACGCAGAGCUUCAUGGAGGACCUGGGAAAGGGAAGCUAUCCCAGGAUCCUGUGGGAGAGGGCCAGGGGCUGGUGGAGGUGAAACAGCUGGUGCAACAGAAGAGGGUGGUGGAGAGAGAACUGCAGGAGCUAAAGGUUCAGCUGGAAAAAGCUGGCUUCUCCUCCCUGUCCCAGAUGAGGAAAGCCCUCUUCAACCUACGCAUGGAAAAUAAGGAGCUGAAGUCUCACCAGACAGACAGCCAGCCAGAGACAGACCUUAGGCAUGAACAGAUUCUUCAUGAGGAAGAGGAGGAGGAUGAAGAAGAGGUGGAUGAGGAGGAAGAGGAGGAGGAGCUGUGUGGGUCUGAGCUGUGGGAGGCCUGGGAUGAUGAGUGUCCUUCCCAGGGGAAGUGCUGUGCCCCCAGGCCCACCCUGAGAGACCCUGGCCUGGGGAGGAGACACUGCACUAGGCCUGUAUCUCUGGACCUGGGAGCCAUGCUGUCCUGCUCCACACAGGAUGAGGAUGAUGAGGAGGAGGCAGGAAGAGAGGCUGGAGGCAGGCGGCACAGCGCCACAGAGACAGUGAUGGGUGAGAAGGCUGUACGUCUGCAGCUAGAGAGCAAGGAGCUGAAGGAGAGACUCAUGGUGUCUGAGGCCACGGUGCAGGCCCAGGCUGAACAGCUCAAAGACUAUAGAGACCUACUAACAGAGACAUCAGUGCAGCAGGACAGUAAGCAGGUCCAGGUGGAUCUCCAGGAUAUGGGUUAUGAGACGUGUGGCCGCAGUGAGAAUGAGGCUAACAGGGAGGAGACCAGCAGCCCAGAGUUUGACGAUCUAGAGAUGUGCACGUCUCUGGAGUGCGGUGGCUCUCAGUGGUGGUCAGGCACUGUGCAUCCUGGGAAGGCCGGUCCUCCAACAUCAACCUCAGAGGCUGACAACAUGACAUCUCUCCAGCGAUUGGUUGAGGACCUUCGCUCCCAGCUCUCCCGCUCUCAGACAGUGAUCCGGAGCCUCCAGGGCCGCCUGCGCUCUCUUUCCACCUCCAGCGAACUCUCCAUUGGCCCCUCCAUCCCCCGCAAGGUCAACUGGGGAGUCCAGUUCCAGGCCUCGCCCUCACAGAGCGGCCCAGAGGAGGACGAGGGAUGGGAGUCAUCUGGUGGUGGUCUGGGGCCCUCGCCGCGCCACCCCAAACCUGACAAGGACCUCCAGGAGCUGGUGUCCCGCGUGGGAGCCCUGGAGGACCAGCUGAGAAAGGGCAAAGGGACCCCAACGCCCACCGAGGAGGGCAAGGCUACCAGCUGGCCUGGGCCGGGGAAGUUUAACACUCUGAUCCAGGCCCAGGCCCGUGAACUGUCCCACCUGCGCCAGAGGAUGCGUGAGGGGCGCGGGGUGUGCCACAUCUUGACCCAGCACCUGGGUGACACCACCAAGGCCUUCGAGGAGCUGCUUCGUGCCAACGACAUAGACUACUACAUGGGCCAGAGCUUCAGAGAACAGCUGGCACAGAGCAGCGCCCUGGCACAGAGAGUCAGCACCAAGAUCAGCGGACGAGACCAUCCCAAGAUUCCCGACGACAAGACUGGCACAGAGCUGCUCGCCAUACGGCUGAGUAAGGAGCUCCAACAGAAGGAUGACGUGAUCGAUUCUCUCCGCGCCAAACUCACCCAGCAUCAACCUCGUUCUGACACACCAUGCAGUAGCCACGCCCUCUCUGACACCACCGACCAAUCAGACCACAUCUCCUUUGUGUCCGAUGAGCAGGGCUCCACCAAUGAGGAUCUGGAGCCAUGCUCAGACAUUGACGCGGCCAGUGAGUAUGGCCAGGAGGACAGACAUGCCUCCACUACAGCCAGUACAGAUUCUCACUGUAACAGUGUCCCCAUGUCACGCCACCCCUCCAUCCCUCCUUCCACCAGUUCAUCUCAUGGACACCAGUCCUCCAUCAGCUGUCCCAGCCUGCAGCGAUCAGCGGACACACAGACAGGCCUCUACAGUGGACCAGUGUCCAGUUCUCUCCCCACCCCUCCUCAGCCCCAGCCCCAGUCUCAGUCUCAGUCCCAGUCCCAGUCCCAGUCCCAGUCCCAUCCUCAGCCCCAGUCCCAGUCCCAGCCCCGCUACCACUCCGACCUCUCUUCUCAGAGAGCCCCCCUCUCCUUCAACCCCCAGACUGCAACCCUGCGACCCCGUUACCAUGGAAGCAGGCCCGGGGCCUUCUCCCUGGCAGAGGUUCACCAGGAGCUGCAGAUGUUACAGAGACAGCUGGGAGAAACUGAGCGUUUUUCCGUUCCUUCAGUCAAGCCGUUUGGUGGCUUCCCCAUGUCAGCCCACCCCCACCCCCAGACUGACCCCUCCAGUUACAUGCCCCAGCCUCUGUCCUACCACACCUUCCACCCCGCUGGUCUGAAUGCUAGCCUCAAUGCUAGCCCUGCCAUGAAGGCAGGCGCCAGCCUCCUGGAGAGCAGUGCAAUGUGGGACAUGGCCUACGGUGCUCGGUCAAUGAGAGUUGGCACUGCUGAUUUGUCAUCAGGGUCGUCAGGUUACCAGUCUGGCACCAGCCAUACAGGUUCUGACCUGAUUAAAGAACACCUGAGAGAGAUCAGGAGUCUACGUCAACGUCUGGACGAUUCCAUCCAGACCAACGACCUCCUCCGACAGCAGCUGGAGGAGAGACUGGUCAACCAAGCCAGAGAUAAAUGUGCUCCCACCAACAUCUACAUCCAGGGCUUGGACUCUGUCAGUCAGUUGUCCAGUGAGAUCAGAGUUCUGAAAGCGGAGAACCUCAGCCUGCAGGACCGACUCCAACAGGCCAGCAGAGACGGGAGUAAGGAGGCGGAGCAGCUGCGCGAGGCGGUGCUGUUGGGGCGUGCCCGUGUGAAGGAGGCGGAGUUAGAGACUGAGCGGUGGGCAGAACAGGGCAGGAGGCUGCACACGCAGGCACAGGCUCAGACCCUGGAGAUCACUCAGCUGAAACAGGACAGGCAGAACAACCUGGAGACCAUCAACAGGUUGCAGCACGAUGUGAAUGUCCUACAGCAGCAGUUGUGUGAGAGCCGUGGCCUGGCCCACUCUCUACAGUAUGACCUCCAGAUAUGCCACAGAGUGUGUGGCGUCCCCAAGAACACGAACACAAGUGAGGGGUCACACUCAGAGGAGUCUGCACCCUUUGACCCCAGGGACCUGCAUGUUCAGCUAGGGCAGCAGUUGACGUCUGGGACACGCCUUCCUGGAGCCAGGAUACAGCUCUUCCAUGACCCUGCUCUCUCUACCCCUGUCCGAGACACUGGACUCUUCAGCCCUGCUUCCUCUCUCUCCCUCACACUGGAACCCCGGGAGGUUGACUUUUCUCCUGAGGGCCAGGCUCCAGACGGCUCCUUCGCGAACCGUAAUGGCCACCAUGUUGUGGGCCAAGUGGAUGACUUCAGCGCCCUGCAGCAGCAGAUCCUGGAGGGGCGCGUCCUCAUUGGCAAGAUGGAGGCUGCCCUCCGGGCCACCGCCAACCACACCCUGCUGGAGCUCAGCCUGGACAAGCCUGUGGACCCUGGCUGUGUGAGGAGUCUGCUGACCUGCUCUACGACCCUGAGGAAGAUCCUCCAGGAUGCCAGCUCCCUGCUCAGAAUGUUCUGGAGGGCAGCAUUGCCCAAUAGUGAGGGGUCCACUCAGAGCACCAAGACGGAGCUGUCUCUAAAGGAGGUCCACACCAUGCGUCAGCGGAUCUCAGAGCAGGAGGAGGCUCUAAAGGAUGCCAUGGAGAGACUGAAAAGCUCCAACCGCACCAAAGACAGUAUGGAACACUUCAUCGUCAGUCAACUGUCAAGAACAAAGGAUGUCUUGAAGAAGGCACGGACAAAUUUAGAGGAGAACGAGCAGCGAAUGUCCUCCCUUGGCCUCACUUCUUUCCCCUCCUCCUCUUCCUCUUCCUCCCAUCCCUGGGUUGGUAAAGGUGAAAACCCAAGAGGUUUCUGUGAGCUCACCCAGUCUGCUGGUUGGGGUAUCGUGAAACCCCACAUCCAAGCUACAUCACCCAGGACCCCUACGGUCCUGUGGCCUAAUACCCAGGGUCUGACGUACCUCGUUCCCUACAGGCAGCUUCUUUGUGAUGCACCAGCUCCAAGUUCCUCCUAAUACUGGGAGACAGGACACUUCCUGUUGAAACAUGGGACAUAAUCUCAGGUUUGUGGUUAAAUAGGGAGAACACUUUAGUUGAGGGGAGACUGUCUGAUAGUCAGUAGGGGUUCAGCCAGGUGCUCUCUGUGAUGCUGUUGUAUGCCAAGCAGAACAGUGGUUAAUGAAUGUUGACGACUGUCUUAUGUCAGGUGUUAUGUAUAGCUUAUGUAGGUGUUACGAAGGUACCUCAACUGAAGUGUUUCCCCUAUUUUACCUGAGACAUAUAUUAUGUUUUGAGCUCUAUAUGAAACCUCUUCAAGGAUCCUAUGACAAUCAACCUUGAACAAGCCAGGAAUAGAGGCUUUUAAAAAGCCAAACAAGACUAAAGUGCUUCCUUUUCGCGUCUAACAAGACAAGUUUGUAAGUGUGUGUAUGUGUAAAGUAGUUGCAUGUUGUUUGAGGGAAAAAAAAGCCAUAUUUAUAGAUGUUAGAUACCUUGUUUCGUACGAUACUUCUUCUGCCAUUCAAAUGGUCUGUUACUGAUGUCACAAGAUGUAAAAACUAUUCAGAUUUUAAAGAUCCUAUGGAUGGGUUGACCCUAGAACUGUCUUCCUGCUGAACUGCUAGAACCUGUAACCAUACUAAAGAUGUAAACACUAUUCAGAUUUGAAAGAUCCUAUGGAUGGGUUGACCCUAGAACUGUCUUCCUGCUGAACUGCUAGAACCUGUAACCAUACUAAAGAUGUAAACACUAUUCAGAUUUGAAAGAUCCUAUGGAUGGGUUGACCCUAGAACUGUCUUCCUGCUGAACUGCUAGAACCUGUAACCAUACUAAAGAUGUAAAGAUUGUUCCCAGCUUUAAAUCUAGUCUCUCGACCUGAGUCCUUAAAGCAGGCGGCAUACUGCAGCCAGCUGCAAUACAUUCAACUAUGACCUGCUGAUGUAUUCCAAUGACCUAUUUAAGAAAGUGACAGGAGCAUUUGGUGCUUUGUCCAAAAUAAGUUGUAACUGUUACAUUUUUGAUUUGAACAGAAUUGCCUCAGAGGUUACUGGACCACACAAUGUUUUUUAAUCCACAUUUGUAAAGUUGUUUUAAUGUGGGCUAACAUUUAAACCCUUCUAAGACAAAAAAAAAAUGUCAAUAUUAUUUUGAUUCGAUUUUUUUUUUCUUUUCUGUUGUGGUAACCAUAGAUGUUAUUUUCUAUUAACAAAAUCUGUGACAAUCAUCAGCAGGAUAUGUGAAAACUUGGUUUCUUACACUGAGAUAUGCAAAGCUGUAUAAGAUAGUACAUCUUACUGUAUGUACAUAAUGGCAGGGGCGUACAUUAAAACAGCUUUUUUUUGUGUCAGGAAGAGGGGGUCUGGUGUCAAGGUCAGGGGCUUCAUUUAUUUUUUAUGCAUGUGUUAUAUAUCAAAUCCAGUUUUAUUUGUUGAAUUCUAUGAAAUGCUUACUUUACAAGCCCUUGUUGUUUUAGGGAGAAGCUUUUCAAUAAAACGGGACUCAAAUAUUAA